GCAGGGAGGCUGAGCAGGCGGGAGCCGGCUGCUGCAGGCGCAUCAGCUGUUGCUCCCGCGUCCCGGAGGCCUUGGGAGGGAGAGCAGCGAGCCCCCAUGCGGCGGCAGGGAAGGGGGUCUCCGCCUGCGGGCCCCUGCAACAGCAGCGGCGGCCGCUGACGCUGCCCUGGAGUAGCAGCAUGAGCAGCGGCUACAGCAGCCUGGAGGAGGAGGAGUCCGAGGAGUUCUUCACCGCCCGCACCUCCUUCUUCGGGAGGCCCCCGGCCAAAGCCAGGCCCGAGCUGCAAGAUGUUCAGAAAGAGAGAGAAACCCACACGUAUCUCAGUAAAGACGAAGUUAAAGAGAAGAUUCAAAACUAUAAUUCAUCUGGUACUGACAAAUUAAAGAUGACCUUGAACUCAAAUGGGACUUACACUGGCUUCAUCAAAGUUCAGAUGGAACUAUACAGACCUAUUACUGUGCAGACUUCUGUGAAUCCAGGAGAGCAUGCUCACAAUAACAAUGAGACUUCAUUUUACUUGCCUCCAGGCUACGUGAAUAAGCUUCAUAUAAGCAGCAUUAACACUGUUCGUGAAGUUAUUGAGGCCUUGCUCAAAAAAUUUUUAGUGUUUGACAACCCUGCCAAGUUUGCACUUUAUAAACGCUGUCACAAGGAAGAUCAAGUUUAUACAUGCAAGCUCUCAGACAGAGAACAUCCCCUCUAUCUGCGUUUGGUAGCAGGUCCCAGCACAGAAACACUCAGUUUUGUUCUGCGUGAGCAUGAAACUGGAGAGGUUAUGUGGGAAGCCUUUAGCCUUCCUGAACUGCAGAACUUCUUGCGUAUACUGGACAAAGAGGAAGAUGAGCAACUACAGAUCUUAAAGAGGCGUUAUGCAGCCUACAAAGACAAACUUGAAGAAGCCCUUGGUGGGGUGUGGAAACCAGGUUAAAGUGGGGCCAAAGAACACUCAGGAAAAAUGCCAUGGAGCAUGCCAAACCCAAACGUACAGAACAGCGGCAAAGAUUAGUUUUCUUUAUUCAGAAGACUGGUUUGUGAAGCAAGGGUUACUUGUGCUUUUCUGUAGAUUUAGACCCAUAAAUCAGGGCACUUAGAGUCUUGCACCUAUAAGUAAGGAAUGCUACCUGUCUGUACAUCAAUUUGCAACCCCCUAUUGUGCCUUAGAGGGCUUUCCAGGUUGCCUUUGUGUAAGCUCUGAAUCUGUUACCUAGGAUGCUAACAAAUAAGAAUUUUUUUACCACUUUUUAUUAUUUGCUUUAAUAUUAAUGAUAGCUUUAAAAGUAAGGAAGUGCAAACUGAUCAUUUUAAAAAUUAAUAAAACAGCUUAGCCAUGCGUGAAGAAAAAUCAGAUUGGAGCACUAUGUUUGAGAUUAAAUAGAUUUGCACUACCUUUCUGUUUUCAAAUAUUUACUGUAUAAUUUGUGAGAAAACAGUUAUAGGUGGAAGGGAUGCAAAACCUUUGAGGUUCUGUGAAAUUGUGGAAGGUUUUAAAGUAGUCUUACUGGAGAAAGUAAAGAGCAAGUUGAAAAGAAGGCAAGAGCUGAGGAAGUGCUGUAAUAGCUGAUGGAAGAUUGAUGUAGAGUGGAAAUACAAAUAUAGAAGAAGAAAUGGAAUUUUAUUUUUUAUAGUGAGUAGUUGUAAAAAAAAAGUUUUAGGAUGUUCUAAUAUUGUGAAUAAGUUUUUAGAAUUGUGUACAUUCUCACUAGAAUAGAAAUGAGGAUAAUUAAUACAAGUACUGGAAGGGAAGGAAGGAAGGAAGCUAAAUAUUAGUGAAAUUAAAUUGCCUAUAUUGGAGAAGCUAGUUCCUAAACAUGUGAAAACGUGUGGUUUGAGAUGUGCAACGAACUUAAUGAGCUGUUACCUGCUUGAAUUUUGAAACGUAGAUAGUGAGUAUAUCUCAUUUUUAUAAGGAACACCCACACCUAAUUGGUCACUGAAUGUCUAGAUUAGAAAUAUAGAUGCAGGUACACUGGUCUAACUGAAAUCAGAUCUUUCAACUGAGGUCAAAGAGACAUUUUUUAGGAUGGACAAUUUGAAAUUGUCCGAUCUUAUGGAGACAUGAAAGCAUCCUUCACUAGUGUGUUUACUUAAAGAGAAGUAGAAUUUCUUGUUUGUAUUUCCAAGGAAGCAGAGAAUUAGAAUAUAUUGGUCAUGUUGUAGAUGAAUGGCUUAAUAACUCCAGUUCUGAUGAUUAGAUUUUUUUCUACUAAUUAUAUUUU